AUGGCUCCUUGCGGGAACCGCAGCGAUGGCACUACAGAGUUCGUCCUGGCAGGCUUCCCAAACCUUAACAGUACAGGAGUGGAACUGUUUUCUAUGUUCUGUCUUAUUUACCUGUUGACUCUCACAGGCAACAUGUUGAUUGUGGGGGUGGUAGGAGCUGACCAUCGCCUGCAGACUCCCAUGUAUUUCUUCCUGGGUAACUUGUCCUGCCUGGAGAUUCUGAUCACUUCCGUCAUCAUUCCUAAGAUGCUGAGCAACUUCCUCUCGAAACAGCACACCAUUUCCUUUGCCGCAUGCAUUGCUCAGUUUUACUUUUACUUCUUCCUCGGGGCCUCCGAGUUCCUCCUGUUGGCCGUCAUGUCUGUGGACCGCUACCUGGCCAUCUGCCGUCCUCUGCACUACCCCUUGCUCAUGAGUGGAGCUGUGUGCUUUCGUGUGGCCUUGGCCUGCUGGGUGGGGGGACUCCUUCCUGUACUCGGCCCCACAGUGGCAGUGGCCUUGCUUCCUUUCUGCAAACAGGGUGCUGUGGUACAGCAUUUCUUCUGUGACAGUGGCCCAUUGCUACACCUGGCAUGUACCAACACCAAGAAACUGGAGGAGGCUGACUUUGUCCUUGCCUUUCUUGUCAUUGUGUCCUCACUCGCUAUUACUGCUGCAUCCUACGGCCAAAUAGUCGUGGCUGUCCUGCGCAUUCCUUCGGCUUCAGGCCGCCACAAGGCCUUCUCCACUUGUACCUCCCACUUGAUGGUGGUCACCCUCUUCUACGGAAGUGCCAUUUUUCUCUAUGUACGGCCAUCACAGAGUGGCUCUGUGGGUGCUAAUUGGUCGGUAACAGUGAUAACAACAUUUGUGACUCCCCUGCUGAAUCCAUUUAUCUAUGCCUUGCGCAAUGACCGAGUCAAGGAAGCUUUGAAAGACGUGUUCAGAAAGGUGGUAGCAGAGCUUUCAGCAAAUUCUUUCCUUUCGGAAAGUUUGAGAAAGAAGACAGUAAGCCGAGAGUAA